AUGAUGCUCCUACCUUCGCUGCGAUCCGGCCUCUGCAAGCACGCCCACGCCGGUGUCCCCGCCGCCCUGGCCUCUGCCGCCGCGUCCGCUGCCCGUCGCGGUCUGGCCACGCACGCCCCCGGCGCGCCCAUCACCUUCACCCAGGCGCCCGAGUCCAAGCCCGCCACGCUCCACCUCAAGUCGGGCCACAGCUUCACGGGCAAGUCGUUUGGCGCGCCCCGCAGCGUCUUUGGCGAGACGGUCUUCACCACCUCGAUCACCUCGUACACCGAGUCGCUCACCGACCCGUCGUACCAGGGCCAGAUCCUCACCUUUACCCAGCCCCUCAUGGGCAACUACGGCGUGCCCGACAACUCGUCGGCCAGCUCGCCCAUCGAGCACCCGCAGGACGUCGACGUCGGCGCGUUCCUCGAGUCCAACAAGGUGCAGGCCGCCGGCGUCAUCGUGUCCAACCUGACCGAGCGCUUCUCGCACUACCUCGCCCGCGAGUCGCUCGCCACGUGGUGCGCGCGCCACAACGUGCCGGGCAUCUCGGGCGUCGACACCCGCGCCCUCACGUCGCUCCUGCGCGACCAGGGCUCCACCCUCGGCGCCAUCCGCGUCGGCGACGGCCACGACCGCGCCCCCGCCCAGUCCGACUACGUCGACCCCAUGUCGCUCAACCUCAUCGACCAGGUGUCGACGCGCGAGCCCUACGUCAUCCACCCAAAGGGCGGCGCCGCCGCCGCCCGCGCCCACGUCGCGCUGAUGGACUUUGGAUGCAAGGCCAACAUCCUGCGCUCGCUCCUCCGCCGCGGCGCCAGCGUGACGGUGCUGCCCUGGUCGUACGACUUUAACCGCGUCCGCGACGGCUUCGACGGCCUCUUUCUCUCCAACGGGCCCGGAUCGCCGUACUCGAUCGAGCCGGCCAUCGACAUGACCAGGCGCGCCAUCGCCGAGUGGGACCGCCCCAUUUUCGGCAUCUGCAUGGGCAACCAGAUCAUCGGCCUCGCCGCCGGCGUCGAGGCCUACCGCAUGAAGUUUGGCAACCGCGGCCACAACCAGCCCGUCGUUGCGCUCAAGAGCGCCGGCGAUUUCGUCAAGCGCGGCCGCGUCUACAUUACGUCGCAGAACCACGGCUACGCGCUGACGCCCGACGAGUCCAAGUGGCCGCAGGGCUGGCAGCCGUGGUUUGUCAACGCCAACGACUCGUCGGUCGAGGGCAUCAUCCGCACCGAGCUCGACGAGAAGCGCGCCAUGGUGUGGGGCGUCCAGUUCCACCCGGAGCACGCCGGCGGGCCCGAGGACACCAACGGCAUCUUUGAGGACUACGUCGAGGAGGUCGUCAAGAUGAAGAAGCUGCGCGGCGAGGCCGUGGCGGGCCACGGCCUGCCCGAGGGCACCGCCGUGCGCACCGGCGCGCCCAGCUUCCCGCUGACCGAGUUUGGCACCGUCGGACAGAUCCACAUCUGA